AUGACUUUAUUAUUCAGUCUGCUUGCUUUGAGUUACGUUGCAACAGUCCAAGCUGGACCUCAAGUCGGCCCACAGAGAGGUAGUCCAGCUUACACUUGGAUAUUUGAACGACCUUUGCCCAUUCCUCCUAUUGCUCAGCCGAAGUUUACGAAGACCUUGAAUGGAAUCCCGGUCCAAUUUUAUGAGAGCGAAAUCAAGAGCUUCACUCAUCAAGUGUAUCCAAAUCUAGGGCCAGCGAACUUGGUCGGUUAUGAUGGCACUUCACCUGGAUACACAUACAUCAUCCCUCGUGGCACUGAAACAGUGAUUCGAUACCUCAACAGUGGAACGGAAAAUGCUACCGUCCACUUGCACGGCUCAUAUACACAUUCCGUAUGGGAUGGAUGGGCCAGCGAUGAGGUCGCUGUCGGUUCCUACAAGGACUACUACUAUCCCAACUCUGAGAGCGGGCGGUCCAUGUGGUACCAUGACCAUGUCCAUGGCUCAACAUCAAAGCACGCAUACUACGGCCAAUCCGGUGUCUAUAUUGUCAAGGAUGCUGCCGAAGAUGCUCUUAGACUCCCGGCAGGCAAAUACGACGUGCCUUUGGCACUCACUGAUAAGGUCUAUCAGUCGAAUGGCGACCUGGCCUCACCCAACGCGACUCCGAUCAAUUUCUUCGGCGAUAUCAUCCAAGUCAAUGAACAGCCAUGGCCUUACCUCCAGGUUGAGCCUCGCAAGUAUCGCUUCCGGAUUUUUGAUAUGUCGCUCAGCCGAGCUUACAACCUCUAUUUCGUCGCGGGGAACAACAACCCAAUCCCAUUUCAGGUCAUCGCCUCGGACUCGGGUCUGUUUGCUUCUCCCGUAACCACUAAGGACGUUCUCAUCUCCAUGGGCGAGCGCUACGAGGUGGUCUUCGAUUUCUCCGCCUAUGCCGGCCAGAACAUCACACUCAUGAACAACCUCUCCGACAGCCUUGCCCGGCAAUUCGACAACACCGACAAAGUCAUGCGAUUCAUCGUCGGUAAGACAGUCAGCGACAGUUCCAACAACGGUGCCGUUCCUUCGAGACUCAAUGGAAACAUCAAUUGGCCGGCCCAGAGAACCAAGGUUGAUCACACAUUCAACUUCCAGUUCGGCGGCCAGGAUACUUGGACUAUCAACGGAGUGACCUUUGAUGAUGUCAACAACCGAGUCCUCGCCCGACCACCACAGGGAACGGUAGAGCUUUGGGAAUUGCGACACAGCGGUGGCCCGGCUGUUCAUCCAGUUCACAUUCAUCUCGUCAAUAUGCAAGUCAUCAGUCGUACUGGAGGCUCUCGCGGCCUGCUCCCGUACGAGGCUGCCGGACUAAAAGACAUCGUUCUCCUCGAACCCUUCGAAACGGUUCGCGUGCUUGCGAUGUACGGUCCAUGGAACGGCAUGUACAUGUUCCACUGCCACAACUUGAUCCACGAAGACCAUGCCAUGAUCGAUGUGUUCAACGUGACCAAGCUUGAGGCUCUUGGCUACGCAUUCAACAGCACACAAGUAUAUGCCAAUCCGAUGGACGCCAAAUUCGCCGCUCUUCCAUACAAGAAGCAGGACUAUUCUCUCGAUGCCGAGAUGAGCGCCGUCUCGUCUCUGGCGAGCUUGAACGCUUAUGCUCCAGCCACGUCACUAAUGGCUGCUCAGUCUGCAUACUGGGCCACCGCCACUACGCGUCGCAGCUCCCACCGCACCGCCGGGAAUCAUCGCUACGAGGCCGACGGUCAUUCCUGA